UAAUAAGGCAUAUCAUUGAGUCAUCUACUCUUACUCUACUCUAAAACGAGAGGUUUUUAGUGGGGGUUUUUUAGUCCAGUUUUUGCCUUUUUUCACAUACGAUUUCCAAGUUUUUCGUUUUAAACGAAGAAAAUGGACAGAAACCAACUGCAGCGCCAGGUUGCCCUCAAGAGAAGCUUUCUAUUUGAGCAGAGUUACCUCGAUCCUCAGCAAUUCGUUCAGCUGGAGGAAUUGCAAGACGAUGCAAAUCCAAAUUUUGUGGAGGAAAUUGUGACUUUGUUCUACAAAGAUUCAGCUAGACUGUUUCAAAAGAUUGAGCAAGCACUGUACAGUAGGCCUAUAGAUUUUGCCAAGCUGGAUGAUUACAUGCACCAGUUCAGGGGUAGUUCAAGCAUUGGAGCUAUAAAAGUGAAGAAUGAAUGCUCCCAGUUUAAAGAAUUUUGUUUGGCUGCUAAUGCUGAUGGAUGCGUCAGGGCCUUGGAGAGAGUGAAACAAGAACACCAGACCUUGAGGAUUCACCUUGAAAAUUAUUUUCAGUUGAGAAGGCAAGCAGGACUAGUACAGCGUGUCUAGUGCCACAGAAUUGCCUGAAGAUCCAAGUUGAUAAUAUGGAGAAAAAGAGCUGUCAUCACCACCAUUUUAUCAUUUUCUGGCCGAGGGUUUUACCUUUAAAAUAUCAAGUUAAGCCGGAGUAUUAUGCAGUUUUUCAAUUUUGGUUGGCCAUAGAAGUUAAGUUAUAUGUGUUCCAAUAAAUAUGGAUCUUAAUUAGCGUACCAAUAAUGCAGAUGUAGAUCUUCUAUGGUUCACAUGCUACUCUAAAUUAUGUAUUAUCUUGGCCCUUUUAUGGGAUUAAUAUAUUUGCACUUCUGUUUUAUAAAUA